CACUUGACAUUAGUCUCACGCGCACUGCCUAAACUGGUUUACAUUAAAAUGCGGCCAUCAACACGUCAAGUUACCGGAGGAAAGUUACCAUUUAAUGUUUAUUGUCUCUUCCUGUUACUUGCUUUCACUAACGGACUGUCACAAGACUACCCCUUCCGCAAUACCUCACUGCCGUGGGCUGUACGGGUGAGGGACCUCGUGGGCAGACUGACGGUAGAGGAGAUCGUGGUCCAAAUGAGCCGGGGAGGGGCGGGCCCUCGUGCUAGCCCUGCUCCCGCCAUUCCGCGCUUAGGGAUUGGUCCUUUUAGUUGGAAUACCGAGUGUUUGAGGGGCGAUGUGUAUGCUGGUAACGCGACUUCCUUUCCUCAGGCAUUGGGACUGGCUGCAACGUUCAGCACAGAUGUCCUAUGUGACGUAGCUGAGGCUACCUCUAUAGAGGUCCGAGCCAAAUACAACGACUAUCAGAGACGGAAGAUUUACGGGGACCAUAAGGGAAUCAGCUGUUUCAGCCCCGUCAUCAACAUCAUGAGGCAUCCUCUUUGGGGCCGGAACCAGGAAACGUACGGGGAAGAUCCAUUUUUGUCUGGAGAGAUGGCUGCAAGCUUUGUGUCAUGUUUACAGGGACAUAACCCGACCUACAUCCGGACUAAUGCUGGCUGUAAGCACUUUGACGUUCAUGGUGGUCCGGAGAAUAUUCCUGUCUCCAGAUUUUCUUUCGAUGCCAAAGUAUCAGAGAGGGACUGGAGAUUGACGUAUUUACCUGCAUUCAAAAGAUGUGUCCAGGCAGGAUCCUAUAGUUUGAUGUGCAGCUUUAACAGAAUAAACGGAGUUCCCGCCUGUGCUAAUAAACGGCUACUGACGGACAUUUUGCGGACUGAGUGGGGAUUCACGGGAUACGUGGUCAGUGAUCAGGAAGCGAUUGAGAACAUAAUGACGUAUCACCACUAUACCAACAACUCUGUGGACACUGCUGCCCUUUGUGUCAAGGCUGGCUGUAAUCUAGAGCUAUCCACAAACGAGCUCAAACCCACAUACUUCUACAUCAUUGACGCUUUAAAGGCUGGUAAACUGGACAAAGACGAUAUAGUCAAAAGCGUUUCUCCUUUGUUUUACACUCGCAUGCGCCUUGGAGAAUUCGAUCCACCGCAACAUAAUCCCUACAGCUCCCUGGAUCUCACUGUGAUUCAAAGUGAAGGGCACAGGGCCAUAUCUUUAACGGCUGCCAUGAAGUCAUUUGUUCUACUGAAAAACAAAGAUGAAUUUCUCCCCAUUACAAAACAAUAUAACACGAUUUCUGUACUGGGGCCUAUGGCAGAUAACAAGUACCAACAGAUAGGAAGUUAUGCGCCGGAUGUUAUGCCGAUCUUUACCACAACACCACUGCAGGGAUUAUCCAAACUCUCCAAAACAGUCAAGUUUGCGGCUGGGUGUAGUGAUAAUGCUUGUACAACAUACAAUAGAUCGGAAAUACAGAAAGCAGUUAAUUCUACUGAUAUUAUAUUUGUUUGUCUUGGAACUGGUCCUAUGAUAGAGAACGAGGACCACGACAGAUCCAGUAUGGAAUUACCAGGAAAACAGACACAGCUUCUCUUGGAUUCCGUCAACUUCUCUGCAAAUGGGGUGCCUGUUGUCCUUCUUCUCUUCAAUGGUGGUCCAGUAAAUAUCACAUGGGCGGAUCGAAGUGACCGCAUUGUGGCCAUUAUUGAGUGUUUCUUUCCGGCACAGGAAACAGGAGAGGCAGUAUGGCGAGUGUUAACUAACAGUGGCAACUUUUCCAACCCCGCGGGGAGACUUCCAUACACUUGGCCAAAAUAUAAACAUCAGAUUCCUUCUAUGAUAAACUACAGUAUGACAGGAAGAACAUAUCGUUAUUUCCAUGGUGACCCAUUGUAUCCGUUUGGUUAUGGGUUGUCCUAUACCACUUUUAAUUUCACAAACGCCUGGCUGAACCCGAUCAUAGAGGAGGGAGAGUCGUUAACAGUCCGUACAGAGAUCUGCAAUACGGGGGCAUUGGACGGAGAAGAGGUUAUUCAGAUUUAUCUUAAAUGGCUUGAUACCAAGGAAGAUAUGCCGAUUCAUCAGCUUGUUGGAUUUCGGCGUAUUUUUCUGAAGUCUGGAGAAACCCUUAGCUGGCUUGUAACCGUAGAUGCCAACAGCAUGGCCGUCUGGAGCAAAGCAGGAGGAUUUCAUAUAGAACCAGGUCACUACAAACUGUACAUCGGGAGUCAACAGCCGGAACAAGGAAGAAAAGUGCCAUCUAAUGUUUUGAUCCGGGAAUUCAAAAUUAUACCAAAGUUGUCAUAGAGUAAAAAAUUAAAUUAGACCAAAUGGUA